UAAGAUAGGAGGGGAGAAGGGGGUGGUGUGUAUCAGUCCAGCAGGCCAUGACUUGUCCAGAGUCAGUAGGUGUAAUUCCCUCCCAUUGAUAAACAUCAACCUAGCCCCGGCAGGCUGCCUGGGGAGCAGAUUGAAGGGAAGGCAAUACAAUUGCUAAUGAAGGUAUUCACUGUGUAGACUACAAAGGUAGAGAGAGAACCUCCCCCACCCUCCUUUUUUUUUUUUUUUUUUUGCGGGACCGGUAAUUUAAUUUUUUCAUAUUAAUUUUUACAUGCUCUAAAAAUUAGGGAGACGUUUUUCAUGACUCAGCUUUGAUGGCCAGCAAGGUUAAAAGCCAGUGGAAAUCUAAGAAUAACUCAGCCCCUGUUGCCAGACGAAACGAUGGGGUGAAAACAACCCAGCCCAGGCAGAAAUGCCUUUUCAUUUGGUGGCGCAGACGGCACUUUAGAAGUCCGUCUCUAGACCGUCAGAUCCUUUUCCUUGUGGCAGUGGAGGGUUGGGGAGGCAGGUAACAGAUCGGCUUUUAAAUUUUUGCACUGAGGCUUACUGGGAGGCUUCUUAUGGGCAGGUCAAUUGGGUUUUGGGGGCUGGUCACCCUCUCAUCUACUCGUUAUCCCGCAGUGGGUGUGACAGGUCGUGGGCCACGGUGCAGGAAGUGAGUCGUGUAAGUAACACCGUCGCCCAGGAGGCAGCCCCUAGACCAGUCUGGCACUUUUUGGAGUUCCAGUCCCGCUUCGGACUCGCUGGGGGGCGAGGGAGGGUCUCUCCAGUAAUUUUACUCUUUAAACCUCAACUUCGGGAUGACCCACGUGAGCGCUGUACCUCAGUUUUCCUACAAGAAAACUGGGCAUAAGUGAGCCGAGAAGGGGGAAGGGCUUGGCCGAGUAACUCCCUUCCAGUAGGGACCGUCCUUCCCCGGGAGGACUGUCCGGAGUUCGGCACCGCGUCCUGUGCCUUAUCCCCCAAGUGCUCGCAAAGCCGGGGAGCUUUCGUUUUUGUCCCCUGCGCCGGGGUCUAAGUUCCAGUUCUGUCCCCACUCCAGACCUGGGCCGCGUGGCCCCGGCCUAGGCCUCAGUUUCCACGUCCGACCAGUGGGUGACACCUGCCGUGCCCCGUAACAGGGUAGCGGGGAAAUCGAGGGGGUUGGGUGGACCCAGACGCCCUAAAUCGGAAGAUGAAGGGCUUUGCAGAAAGUCUGGAUGAUGGAGGGCGCCCUAAACCGAAGGCGACCCGCCGGCCCCCAGACAGGCCCCAAACCCACGCCACAGUCCGGCCACCGCCCGUUCUGCCUCCUCCUCCCAGCGACCACGCGGGGCCGGUCUAAAACAGACUACGUUUCCCGACACGCACCUCGGCAACAUCCGGCCAAUAGGCACCCGAAACGCUAGGGUUGGGGGCGGGGUCUGAGCACCGCGACCUCCCAUUGGCCUCGGUGCUCGCUGACGAGCCGGAACCGGGGGGAGCAGGGGAAGCGAAAUGACAUUUCCUCUCUUCUCCACACUCCGCUCGAGCCGGGGCCCCUCCGAGACAUGGCCGCGACGGGAGAUUCAAGUAAGUGUCCGCCACAGGCGCCGAACGGCGCUCCGCCCGCGCCACCCGUGGUCGGGCCGGGGCCCGUGGACGCCGCCCACGCGUGCAGCAUCCUCCAGCAGCUCAAGACCAUGUAUGACGAGGGCCAACUGACCGAUAUCGUCGUGGAGGUGGACCACGGGAAAACCUUCUCGUGCCACCGCAACGUGCUGGCGGCCAUCAGCCCCUACUUCAGAUCAAUGUUCACUAGCGGCCUUACCGAGAGUACACAGAAAGAAGUGCGUAUAGUUGGCGUUGAAGCUGAGUCAAUGAAUUUAGUAUUGAACUAUGCAUAUACCUCCAGAGUCGUACUCACCGAGGCCAACGUCCAAGCUUUGUUCACUGCAGCUAGCAUCUUCCAGAUCCCUUCCAUUCAGGACCAGUGUGCUAAUUAUAUGAUAAGUCAUUUGGAUCCACAGAACUCCAUUGGGGUUUUUAUCUUUGCUGAUCACUAUGGUCAUCAGGAGCUAAAAGACCGAUCACAGGAAUACAUCCGUAAAAAGUUUCUGUGUGUCACCAAAGAACAAGAGUUUCUUCACUUAAGGAAAGAUCAACUCAUUAGUAUACUAGACAGUGAUGACUUAAAUGUCGACAAAGAGGAGCAUGUCUAUGACAGUAUCAUCAGGUGGUUUGAACAUGAACGAGAGGGAAGAGAAGCGUACCUUCCAGAAAUAUUUGCCAAGUGCAUCCGUAUGCCUCUGAUGGAAGACACCUUUGUUGAGAAAAUUCCUCCCAUGUUUGCUGAGGCCAUUGUCCAGAAGGGACCGUGUAGUGCCAACGGCUACACACAGAGGCUUGGGAUGACUGCAUCGGAAAUGAUCAUAUGUUUUGAUGCUGCCCAUAAACACUCAGGAAAGAAGCAAACAGUGCCUUGUCUCGAUAUAGUCACAGGGAGAGUGUUCAAACUAUGCAAACCACCAAAUGACCUGAGAGAGGUGGGAAUUCUUGUGUCCCCCGAUAAUGACAUUUACAUUGCGGGAGGCUACAGGCCAAGCAGCAGUGAAGUCUCCAUUGACCACAAGGCAGAGAGUGAUUUCUGGAUGUAUGAUCAUGCUACAAAUAGAUGGCUACCCAAAGCUCCUUUACUUCGAGCCAGAAUAGGCUGUAAACUGGUUCAUUGUUGUGGGAAACUCUAUGCAAUAGGUGGGCGUGUUUAUGAAGGUGAUGGGAGGAACCCCUUAAAAUCUGUGGAGUGUUACGACAGCAGAGAUAACUGUUGGACAGCUGUUAGCCCAAUGCCUGUAGCAAUGGAGUUCCACAGUGCUGUGGAGUAUAAAGAAAACAUCUAUGUUCUACAGGGAGAAUCUUUCCUCUGCUAUGAUCCUCAGAAAGACUACUGGGGCUUUUUAACACCUAUGACUGUGCCUAGAACCCAGGGCUUAGCAGCUGUAUAUAAUGAUUCUAUCUACUACAUCGCUGGAACCUGUGGAAAUCAUCAGCGUAUGUUUACCGUGGAGGCCUAUGAUAUUGAGCUAAACAAAUGGACUUGUAAGAAAGAUUUUCCAUGUGAUCAGUCUAUAAAUCCAUAUCUGAAACUUGUACUUCUCAAUAAUAAACUCCACUUGUUUGUUCGUGCAACUCAAGUUACUGUGGAAGAGCAUGUCUUCAGGACCAGCAGAAAAAAUUCACUUUAUCAAUAUGAUGAGGGGACAGACCAGUGGAAGAAAGUGUAUGAAACUCCAGAUCGCCUCUGGGAUCUUGGGCGCCAUUUUGAAUGUGCCGUUGCUAAACUAUAUCCACAAUGUCUUCAGAAAGUACUUUAGUGGGAAACAGGCCUUAGGAUUUGAGUAGUAACUGCUGAUACUUGAGGUGACAUGUCUUACAAUAAAACAAAGACAUUCUGUCAGUAUUUAAUGUAAGCUGAAAGAGUUGUGUUCAUGGGGAUGGGUGCUCUUAAAGAAGGCAUUGUGGGGAAUGAUUUGCUCUCAUACGUGUAAUGUUUUCAGUUCAGCAAGGGGAUGGUGACAAAGUGCAAUUAUCAGCAUUUUUUCUGAUAUAAAUUUAAUCAUGUCAUUCUAGAAGGUUUCUGUGAUUAAAAGUAACUAAGAUGUCAGAAGAACCAAGACAACUAUGCACUACUGCAAAAGCUUGGCUAGCAUUACUGGAUAUGGAUGUCCAAACUGGUUCGAAGUGACUUCUUUUAAAUACGGGUAAAAAUUUGAGGCAAUAUCACUAGGUCUUUACUUUAGCUGUGACUUAACCAACAUAGAGGAACACUCCUUUAGGUCCUGAUUCUUAAUAUUUAUACAUUUUUAUGUAUGCUAUUUCAAGUAUACCGAGGUGUUUGUUAUAUGUUCAGCUGUACAAUAAGUUUUAAAAAAAUUUGAAUCUCAGAAAAAAGAGCUGUUUUGGGUAAUUGACAUUUCCUAUGUGGCUUUAAGUCAACCUAAUGAUAUGUUAGCAGUUUUCUGGCAACAAAAUGUUUUCAAGUGCUAACACUUGUCAUGUUUGGGGGAGACAAAGAUAAUAAUCUAGUAAAGGGCUUUUAAACCCAAAGGCGGCUGGUGCUAGUAUACUUCCAUUUUCGUGUGGCCAGGUAUUGUUACCUUGCCUGACUGUGCUUGUCUUUCAAAGUGGUCUGCUGGUUUCAUGGCCAGAAUACAUCAACUGUAGACCUCUUGAUUUGAGUGAGAUUCUGCAUUUAAAAUGAUAGCAGAAUAUGGCCAUUUGUUGAUUUCAGUUUCUCUCAUUGUUAUUCUUGGGAAAUUGAGAGUUUUGUAGUUUUUGUUUUUGUCUUUUUUUGCAUGAAGUUAGUUCCAAAACUGCUUAGUAGAUCUCAUGUUUGGCUUGUCCUGAUUCCUCUAUUUCUAUUCAUCUUAACACCGUAAAAAUGUUAUGUCUGUUCUCCACAGAAGAUAAUGUGAGAAUUGGCCUUAUUUUUGAUAAUUUUUUUUAAAGGAAGAGACAUGGUGAACUUAAAAUUUUUUAACUUGAUUUUUUUUCUGUUUUUGUAUAUUUAACAUCAAAUUUAUGAAAAUAGAUCCUUUUCCUAGGGUUAGCCUCUGCUUGGUUGCAGGAGCUUGAAAAGGGGAAAAAAAAAAGUGAAGAGUUUGAUAUCUCAUUUUUUUAAAUCAGUCAUAACAUAACUGCAUCUUUAGAUUCCAAGUGUCAUUCUUUAUAUUUGACAAAUUUCUAGCACUAAUCUAAGUACAUUAAAGUGAAGAAGAACAAUUCAUUUGUAAUUAAAUAAGGCAGAUAUUUGGAUGAGUAACUUAUUUUUUAUAGUCUUAGACAAGUUGAAAAUAGCUAAGUAUAAUCCAGGAUCUGUCCUUAUCACAUGAGCAAUUUUUAUCUUCUUUAAAGAAAGCAAACUGACAUAGUUCUUAUUUAAAUAUUGCACAAAUUUUAACGUGAUACUGUGAAACAAACAAAAAAAAAAUUAACAUUGCCUCCUUGCAUCACAUACCUCAUUUUCCAGAAACUUACCAAACUGCUUCUUGGAGAGAUGUAUAAGUUAAUGGGAUUUUUCUGAAGCAGAUUUUAAGGUUGAUGGCAUUUAUAGAGUUACAUUUUAGAGUGGAGUCCUAGAAAGCGAGAAAAUUGCUUUCUUGGUGUUUGUUACAAUGCUGUUUUGUUGUUUUCUUUUCUUUUUUUCUUUUUAAGUACAAGUCAGUCAAUUAAAAUGUUCAUUUCCCAUCCCCUCCUCCCAAGUUUUUCUUAUUCUUUGUGUAAAUUGUAUAGUUUUGUGUAGGGCUCUAUCUGCAGGCUUUUUGAAGCACCCUUCCUUUACUACAGUGUUGCAUUAGUCUAUAAAAACUAUCCUUGCAAAAAGUGUUAAGUGUUAGUUUUUUGUUUUAAAAGCUUGGUUGACUAUUUAGAUUUCCUGCUGCUUUUUGACAAUCUCUAUUUAUUUAGUAGAACAUAAUUUUCAGCAUAUUACUUGAAAACAUGACCUAGAACAUUUGAUUUAGCAAUUGACUGAUCAUAUGAUUGUAUAGGAGUACAACAAGCUGUAGUUAAUUCUGCAGUAAGUUUAUUUUGUUGAUCUGCACUACAAC